AUGCUUCCCGGUCGGCUCUCUCGCCCGGCCCUGGCCGCUGCCGCUGCAGCGCGCUCCGGGGUCCGGGCCAUGAGCGCGACGGCUGCGAUGCAGUCCAAGACGCCCAGCAUGGGCGACGUUGACCCGGCCAAGUCGUCUGUCGAGGCAUUUCACGAGAAGCAGAAGAAUUUUCGAGAGAAGCUUGCCCAGGCACAGAAGGAACAAGGAGCUCGAGCCACCGCCGCCGCCUCUUCGACCGAAACGUCCGGCAAGAAGUCGGGACCGCUGUCCAACCUCAUCUACGGCACAAAGGAGGGCCGUGAGAUGGAGGCGCAGCUCGAGGCUAGCUUCAGCCAGGUUCUCGCCCGCGGCAAAUACGUCCACUCGAUAGUUUUCCACCGCGUCAAGCCUGACAAGGUUGACGAGUACGUCGAUCUCGUCGGCAACUGGUACCCUACCAUUGCCAACCGACCCGAGAAUAAGGUUCAUCUCGUAGGAAGCUGGAGGACAGAGAUUGGCGACUGUGAUACAUUCAUUCACAUUUGGGAGUAUCAGAAGUAUGAGGGAUACCACCAGUCUCGCCAUUCCAUUUGCAACCACCCCGAGUUCGCCGAGCAUAACAGAAAGCUUCACAAGCUCAUCGACUCCAAGAAGAUUGACCUCAUGCAAGAGUUCUCCUUCUGGCCGACGACCCCGCCCAGACAACUUGGUGGUGUCUUUGAGCUUCGAUCCUACACGCUUCACCCUGGCAACCUGCUCGAGUGGGAGACUCACUGGAGACGCGGUCUCAAGGCUCGCCGUGAGGUCAUGGAAGGCGUUGGUGCCUGGUUUGUCCAAAUUGGUGACCUCAACACCGUCCACCACCUCUGGCAGUUUGCCAACUUGGAGGAGCGCCGAGACCGUCGAGAGAAGAGCUGGUCCGUGGAAGGUUGGAGCGACACUGUGCACAAGACUGUGCCUUUGAUCCAAAACAUGCAGUCUCGCGUGCUGAUCCCCAUGCCGUGGUCUCCCGUGGCCUAG